AUGAAUUCAAUAGUUUUUUGUUUGAUACUUGCUUUCUCUCUGGUAAAAGUAGCAUAUAAUAAAGACUGUAAACGUUGUACUUUUAGUAAGGAUGGGACAGAUAAUGAUGGCCCUUGUACUCGAUGCGCUAAAGGCACAUGUACUCUAGAUGUAGCUACUCUAGGUACUGAUUAAUCAGUUUGUAUUGCUAGAGCAUGUUAAGCUGGUAAAAGGAGCAAUACUGGUUAUGAUCGUGAUGGAAGAGGCGAUGGAUGUGAGGAUUGUAAGAUUGGAACUUACGCGUUAGAAGGUUCUAUUAUUUGCAAUCUAGCCCCUUGCGGCUAUGGCUAUUAUAGUAAGGCAGGUUAUUACAAUAUAUAUGACGAUGGAUAUUGUAUAGCUUGCCCUAUUGGUAAAUCAACCUAACAAGAAACUACAAUUGGAAAGGAUGAUUCAGUUUGCAAUUUGUAAUUAGAUAAAUGCCCUGAAGGUUAUUGGAGUACUACAGGUUAUAAUGGUAAUGCAAAAGAUAGCGAGUGUAAAAAGUGUAGAUAUGAUACUUACUCUUUAGCAGGCUCAAAACGGUGUAAUCUAAUAUCUUGUUCCAAAGGUUUUUAUAGCCCAACAGGAUAUAAUGAUUUAACUUAAGAUGAUGGUUGUUAAGAAUGUCCAAUAGGUAAAUCUACGUCAUAUGAAAAUACGAUAGGAAAUGAUGACUCAGCUUGUGACUUAUAGUUAAAAAUGUGUCCUGAAGGUAAAUUUAGUUAUACAGGUUAUGAUUUAGAUGGGAAAGGGAAUGGAUGUUUUUUUUGUGAUCCAGGUACUUAUUCUUUUGAAGGCUCUAAAAUAUGUAAUCUAAAACCUUGUGGUUAUGGUUUUUAUAGCUCUACGGGAUAUUAUAUUUUAAGCUAAGAAGAUGAUUGUUAAAAAUGUCCAAUAGAUAAAUCUACGACAUAUGAAAAUACGAAAGGAAAUGAUGACUCAGUUUGUGACUUAUAGUUAAAAAUGUGUCCUGAAGGUAAAUUUAGUUAUACAGGUUAUGAUUUUGAUGGGAAAGGGAAUGGAUGUUUUAUUUGUUAUCCAGGUACUUAUUCUUUUGAAGGCUCUUAAAUAUGUGAUCUAAUAUAUUGUGGUUAUGGUUUUUAUAGCACAAGAGGAUAUUAUAUUUCAAGCUAAGAAGAUGAAUGUUAAAAAUGUCCAAAAGGUAAAUUUACGACAUAUGACAAUACGAAAGGAAAUGAUGACUCAGUUUGUGAUAUAUAAUUAAAAUUAUGUCCUGAAGGUUAUUUUAGUUAAUCAGGUUAUUAUUCUGAUCAUUAAAAUUAUAUGUUUCAUUGUUAAUAUUGUGAUGCAGGUACACACUCUUUAGAAGGCUCUACAGAUUGUAAUCUAAGGCCUUGUGGGUAUGGUUUUUAUAGCAAAACAGGUUAUUAUGAUAUUAAUACAGAAGUUUAAUGUCAGGCUUGCCCAGAAAAUACUUAUACUGAUGGUGCAAUAACUAAAGGUUUAGAUGAUUCAGUUUGUUAAUCUAUGAUGAGUGAACCUACUGAUAUUUAUAGUAAUGAUAUUAAUACAAACUCUAUUAUCAUUAAAAUGACUUUAAGUAUUAUUUUCUUAGUUUUUCUUUUCUGA